GGUAUGUACAUACGUGUAUAAAAAAUAUAUACAUAUGUAUAUAGAAAUUUUGAUACAAAAUGGCAGUCACUUGAUCCAAAUACGGAAUCACCAUAUUCAAGUCUCUACGGUAGACGGUGAUUCUGGGUAUUCGUAUUAUUUACCAUAAAUUUUUCAAAAUAGCGAACUUGUAGAAAACGAUUUCAUUUCGGAACGAAAAUCCAAGAAUCCCUGAUUUACAUAUACAUAACUCUUCACGCUUUGCUUGACAAUUAAUACUAUGACUUCAAAACAAAACAGCUUAGGUGUGUCAAAUUAAUGUUCAUCUUUCGGCGCUUCUCUCUUAUAUUUAAAAUCUCGCGUUGUCUUCUUUUCUAAACUAUAAAAACUAUAUUUUCAAAUUUUAUUUCGCUCCAAUCAAUAAAUAAUAGAAGCUAGAAAAAACGUAAACUUCGGUUUCACCGAAGCUAUAAUACUCUUCACAAAUACAAAUGAUUGCUUACAAGCACUGUGAUCGAUUAGUGACUCGAUCUGAACAAAUUUGGUGAAAAUAUCUCCUCAAAUGAAAAAAUGUCUGAUUCCGAUCGUUCAGUUUGUAUGCUCUAUGCUAUACUGGUCCAAUAUCAGCCGUUCCAACAAAUGAGCAGCUUCUGGGUGAGAAAAGGACGGAUGCAAAAUUUCAGAUCAAUAUCUCAAACACUAAUAUAUAUACACGGACGGACGGACUUGGCUUAAUCGACUCAGCUCGUCACGCAGAUCAUUUAUAGGGUAUUCGACAUUUCCGUUUGGGUGUUACAAACAUCGUGGCAAAAUUAAUAUAUAUAUAUAUAUCAGCAUAUACAAGUAAUAACAGAAAUAAGUACUAAAGAUGGCGACAGCUGCUUGUCAAAGCAUAAUAAUGAGAAAGUUGCAUACACUUUUGUUCCGAUUUUGCUUCGCCACGAAAACUUUUUAUGUCGACAUAUCUUAUCUGUCAAACCAAAAGUCCGAAGCAAAGCGAAGCCAAUUUUGUUAGUGGAUCAGCUGAUAGUAUCCGAAUACAAUCGUCGACCGAUUUGAAAAAUGCAAUUUCUAGUAAAAGGCGUAUAAAGUUUAACUUGUUGUAACUGAUUGAACCAAUUGAGUAAUGGUUUCAAUACACUUUAAAAUACUUUGACAAAAACCAAUAAAUUCAAUAUUGCUUUAACCACUUCUCAUAAAAAUUAGAAAAUCAGUCAGCCAUUCAUAGUUGGCUUAACACAAGUAAGACAUUAUCGUCGCAGAAAGACUUGGUCAGGCUUCUAACACAGGUGCAAGAGGCAAUUAUAUACGCACAGUUUGAGGCACGUCGCAGAAAAACUCUUUUUAGGUAAAUUUCAGGUAAAAUUUUUACCAUAAUCUCCAUGUCAACUAACUGAGUUAUCUAUGAGUGGAAAUUAGUUUCGAAAUUGUUGAAAAAAAACAGUUUCGCAUUGUAUACACUUCCGUUUCGGUAAUCAAUUUUCGAAAACGACUAAUUCACCAUUGAUAUUAAACAAAUGUGACACUGAUUUUUUAAAGUUUUGAAACUAAACAAACUCUAAUUGUCUUUUAUACACACUAUUCAAACUUUAUUUUCUCAAUUUUAAACUUUCCUUAGUUUUUAAUUCACUCUUUACUCAAUUCGUUGCUCUCACUAGCGUUUUCAAUGGCUUUGUGCGAUUUAUGUUAGAAAGGAGCAAUACCUUUCUUUUUACUAAAAAUAAAGUUAAAAGCAGAAAAUAAAUUAAAUACAUAGUUUAAUCAAAAAAAUAAAUUUACGGAAAGCAGUCAUUAUAACAAUCACACAAGUUUUGUACACUUUCACUACAACACAACUCGAAUGACAUUGCAUAUAAGUACAUAUGUAUGUAUGUAUGCCUGCGUUUGCAUUUUGUAUUUAAAAUAUAAUUUAUUAAAUUUUUAUUCGACCAAAUUUCAUGAGCAAAACUUAAAUCCAACACCAGAAGUCACACAAAAACACUACAAUAUCUAUGCAGCAACAACAACAGCAACAAUAAGACAGCAGCACAGAAUUAACAGCAAUUGCAAACGACAAUGAAGCUAAUAAGCGAGCGCGUUGAAAACGUUCUGGCGACACCAAAUGUUCUGCACCAAACGAAUUGGCAGUAAGGCGAGAUGCGACAAACCGUGACGCCUGUAUGUUGCUACGUUAUACGCGCCACGACAUUUGUUCUUACGCCAUCGAAUGUGACAUUGGUAAACCUCCACCUUAACCUCAAAAAUGGCACAUUCCAAGUUCGAAAAUUUCAACACAAGGCGGUUGCAUUAAAAAUUCACUAAAAAAUUAUAGAAUAUCAGCAGCGUCAGUGAAAACAACAGCAAGAAGAAGGAGAGCAAUGAUAUUGAAAAGUAGCAACAAAAAACAACUGCUGUAAUGACUGAGGCGCGGUGGCUUCGAUGUCAGCAACAAAAAUGUCCCAUACAAUUUUCAAUUCAAAUCAAACGCGUUUGUUUUAUUUCAAAUUGUCAUUGUUGUUGGUGCUGCAGCUGCUGCCACUACAUGCUGACAGCGUUGCUGCUUGAAAGCCGCCGCCGCCGCCGCCGCCGCUGUAAGUUGCCUGUCCGAAAAAUAUUAGCACGUCGCCUUUACAGCGCGCGGCCUCUUCAUCUACUCUUGGAAUAGAGCUUUGCUGUCCCGACGCGAUUCUCUUCUCUGCACUAAGCAAACAGCAGUUGGCUUUGCAGUUAUUAUCAACGGAUCGACAUGCGUUGUGCUAAUGAAACGUUUCGUCUUCGCAGAGAAACUAUGACAGCGUUAUCGAAAUCAAAGUAAGCGUUCGAAUAUCGAAAGGUGAAAAUGUCAAAAAAAAAACAACAUAUAAAAUUCAGGGUGUGUAAUGGAAAGGUGCGAAUGGUGCUUGAAGAGCACGCAAAUAUUGAUUGCGGCAGCGAGCGCAGUUAGAAGGCCCAGUAGUUGGAGAAACCGGCAAAGACGCCGAUAAAUGGAAUUAAAAGCAAUCAAUGAGCAUUUCAUAGUUGCGGUGUGCCAAGUGCAGGCUAGAAGACUGGUUAUCUGUACACUUCGAAGGUGCGUUCAACUACGCCAAUGUUGGUGGGGUCAUAUUAGCUGCCGCUCCCACGUCGCGCAAUGCGCGUCGCAAUGGAAAACGUCAAACUGUCAGAGAGUAGACAAUUGGAAGUGAAGAGCAUAGUAUGCGCUGCGCGUUUGUGUUAGUGUGCUUGCUGCCGUCCGUUGUUUUUAAAUGCUGCUGUGGGCGUGCCAAGCAUUAUGGCUCCGCCCACGUCGUCUUGGCAACCGAUGAGCAGCAGAUACAAACUGCAUUUCAAGCCCUUGCGCUACAACAACACCAAGUGCUUUGCAUCAAACGACCAGUUGGACAAAAUGCUGCUGUGCAACAACAAGUAGCAGCCAAUGCGCGUGCGCUGUUUGCAGGUAAAGUGUAUGGCGGCCACAACGGCGCCAAAUAUGCGGUUGAUGUUGGUGUACGUCUAUUUGCGUCUGCACAACGCUAUGUGUACGCAAGAGAGCCACUUGAAGCGACGCUAUUAGCACACAGUAGUUGUCUCGCUUACGCGCACACUAACUCCUAUCGGUUUUAUCAACGCUCAUUUUGUACGCCAGUAUACGUGAAAGGGUGGGCCGCUCAAGCCUCAUAGAGGGAAACAUAACUCGCGCACACAUAUACGCAUCAGCACGAACGCGGCAUAAAAACAAACGCCUGAAACGAGUCGCAAACGAAGCUGAGCGAGCGCACAGAGCCAGUUUUGUCACCACCGAAGUGCACACCAGUAUGCCGGCGCACUCACACAUUCGCACACCUAUACCUGUAUUUAUGUACACAAGAGUGGCCUAUAGGUGUAUAGGCAAGCGCUGUAGCGCUGGGUUUUGCUGGUGCUGCCGCUCGUAUUGGAUGUGCGGUGGGACUCUGGUGCUCUGUCCAUUCUGCUGCGACUGCCGCUGCUGUCGUUAUACGUCGUCGCUUAAUAUUUUUGUUAGUAAGCCAAAUAGUAAGCAGGCAUUCCCCUCUGCAAACAGUCACAUUCAAGAGCUCAAGCCAAAGAGUACUCGAACGCGCACAGCUGCCGAAAAAGUAGAAACGGACAACCGAUAACCGAACUGCAUUGUGAAACGCUAGAGUCAGGUUGGAAGCGCUUGCUUUGGCUUUGCUAUUUUCUAUAACGAUUUUUGGAGUCUUUGUUUGCUAGAUGCAUUGUCUAACUGUAGUGUACGGCUAUCGCGGCUGACGGUACGACACGUUCAUCCGCACAAAUUGAUAUUAAUCCUAUCAACCGAUUGUCGAAGCGUCAUUUUUAGUGUCGUAAUAAAGUAGAAUACCGAAUUUCGAAAGAACAUUCUUUUACUUACGAACUGACACAACGCGAAUUCGCUAGAAAAAUUACGCGCAUAAAAAAUUAAUACAUAAUAUAAAUAAUAGUAGAAGAUACGUCACAAAAAAAAAUAAAUAAAUAAAUAAAUAAAAAGACGAAAAGGUGGUAAGGUGGUUUGGUGGCAAAGCAAACGUUUUUGUAAGCAUAUGAAAAGAGUAAAAUUCUGUUGAAGUGAAAACCCGAAGAAGAAAAGUGUUUGUGAAAGAAAGUGGUAAUCGCAAUUGAUUUUCAAGUCUUGAAUUUAAGCAAAAAUUGACAAUAUUGCCAGCAGAUUUGCUGUAUCAAAGCCUAAACAGCAGCUACAGACCUGGUGCAUGCGCGCUGCAACAACUCACUUUCCAACGAGUGCGAAAUCCCACGUCGAAACACGCUGACAAGUGAGCACGGAUGAAACAUGCGAUUGUAUCUCUAUGCAUACAAAAGCAAAAAUAAAAAUCUAAAAAAAUAAUAAAAACAAUUUCUACGGAAAACUGAGUUUGAAAAUAUACCCCACUUGGUAGCGCAAGCACAAUUAAAAAAUAUCGUAAAGCAUAGCUCGUCUGUGAAAGAGUGUGCGUGUCGUUUAUUUCCGUCGGAAAUUUGUUUAAAUUGUAUUUUUUAUACGUGCGACCAGUGAACAGCCGCCAACAUAACGGCGCAACUAUUGAACAGUUUCCUGAAGGGAUCGCCCCACCAGACGACGAUCGACAUCAUGCAAAAGCUCUACUCGGAGGCGCCAAGCAACGGGCCUCCGGUGAGCAUGAGCAGCAGCGUCGGCGCUGGUAGUGGUGGUGGUUCCAGUAGCGCCGGUGGUGGUACUAAUGGUGGCGGUGGAGGCGGAGGUGUUAGUGGAGGCGGUGGUGGAAAUCCUUCAAAUCCGCAUCCAAAUCACCCGACCAGCAACGGCGGCACAAUGAGCCCGCUUGCACGUAGUGCUUAUACCGCUAUGAAUUCGAUGGCCAUGCCCGUCGGCGGCAUGUCUUCAGUAUCCCCACAGACUGCCGCCUUUGGUGCGUUGGAAUCCGCCGCAGCGGUGGCAAGCAUGAGCGGUAGCAUGGGUGCCGCAGCGGCUAUGAAUUCCAUGGCUGGCAAUUGCAUGACACCGAGCUCGAUGAGUUAUGCCUCGAUGGGUUCGCCGUUGGGAAAUAUGGGCAAUUGUAUGGGUGGUGGUAUGUCGACAAUGGCUGCUAUGGGUGGCUACUCGUCUAUGGCGGCAGCAGCUAGUGCACGUGAAUUGGACACAGGUUCACCGAACUCACUAAAUCGUGCACGCAUAGAUAAGCCCACAACAUACCGUCGGAGUUACACACACGCCAAACCGCCGUACUCGUACAUCUCGCUAAUCACAAUGGCGAUACAGAAUAAUCCGACACGAAUGCUCACGUUGUCGGAAAUCUAUCAAUUUAUAAUGGACUUGUUUCCAUUCUAUCGUCAAAACCAACAGCGUUGGCAAAAUUCUAUACGUCAUUCGUUGUCCUUCAACGAUUGCUUCGUGAAGAUACCACGCACACCGGACAAGCCAGGCAAAGGUUCCUUCUGGACAUUACACCCAGAUUCGGGCAAUAUGUUUGAGAAUGGCUGUUAUUUGCGUCGACAGAAACGUUUCAAGGAUGAGAAGAAGGAGGCGCUACGCCAGCUCCAUAAGAGUCCGUCACAUAGCAGCCUCGAAGCAACAAGUCCCGGCAAAAAGGAUCACGAAGAUUCGCAUCACCUACACCACCAUCACAGCCGAUUGGAUAACCACCAGCAGCAUCAUCACAGUAAAGACGUGACAGGCGCUACAGUGGGUGGUGCGGGCAGUGUGCUCAGCAGCGCUGUCAGUCGUGACCAGCUGGCUAUGAUGCAAGCUAAUGCCGAGCUUUGCUUGGGCCAACAGGCAGCGCAACAUGCACCCAGCCAUCACCAUCAGCAACAUCACCAGCUGCAGCAUGAAGAGCUCUCCGCAAUGGUGAAUAGAUGCCAUCCAUCAUUGAUCAGCGAUUAUCACCCCUCCAUGCAUCAUCUGAAGCAGGAACCAUCCGGUUACACACCAUCCAGCCAUCCGUUCUCAAUCAAUCGACUCCUACCCGAGUCUAAGGCGGACAUUAAGAUGUACGAUAUGAGUCAGUAUCCCGGCUAUAAUGCGCUCAGCCCAUUGACAAAUACACACGCGGCCUUAGGACAGGAUUCAUACUACCAGAGUCUCGGCUAUCAUGCGCCAGCCGGCACGACUAGCUUGUGACAUCACCAGUACCCAUUGGCUUAAGGGCGAGCUGACCAGAUGCUGCGCAACGUGAACGUGAACGCCGCCAGUGGUAGCAGCAGCAUCUUUGGUAGUGCCGCCGCGGCUGCAGCAGCAGCUGCUGGUCUCAAUACGCUGCACAAUAGUAACAUUGGUGGCAAUAUUGGCAGCAGCAGUGGCAGCGGCACCAGCAACAGCAAUGGGAAUACACAUGAUAUACACCUAGAGCAACAUCAUCACCAUCAUCAUCAUGGCGCUACGCACCAUCAUCCUCACCAUCAGCAAUUGACGCAUCCGCAUGCGGCUCAUCAACUGAUGCAACAACAACAACGUAAGGCCUAUCUUAAGUCCAUGCAACAGCAUUACCAACAACAGCAACAACACAGCGCUAGCAGUGCUUCCAGUGCGCACAAACUCAGCGCGCACCAACAACAAUUGCUGCAAAGUCAGUUGACGCCACCAGAACUACAGGAUGACGCAUCGAACAUCACAACCGAUCUGAACGAAGAACAACAACUGCAACUACAACAGGCGGCGCAGCAACAGCACCAGCAAUUGUACAACAAUUACCAACAGUACGCGGCGGCCGCCUCCUAUCGCAACUGGAACCACGGUUUGGCGCUAAAUGGCGCGGCAGCGUUACAAAAUCUGCUGUAGUGUUGCCAACACUGAAUGUGCGUGCAAUGACAAGGCGGCGCUUUGUUGCCAAACUGCCUAUAAGCGGUUGUUGUAGCUAUUAGCGUACAGUUGGUGACAUGCGUGCGUACGCCAGUUAUUACACCGUUUGUUUAGGUGGCGAGGUUUGGUCUUCCGCUGCCAUAUUGCAGUGCUGUUAUGCUGUCGACGUCGGCGUUGAGUGCUAGUUUUGGCGCGUUGUUGUGCGCAGGCGGCAAAGGACAAGCGCGGAUGUGCGCGCACGGUGAGAACGUUGCUCGCAUAUACAUAUUUAUGGUUCAAUGCACAUAACUCAUAACUUUCCAAAUGAAGAUGAUGUAAAUAUGUAUGCAGUCUAGGUAUACUCUUUAUUAUUUUUCACUUUUGUAUGAUUUUGUUCCACACAACAUGUCUCCUUACAAGCCUUAAUUAAACUACUGUAUCUCAUUACGUUUAUCUUUUGACUAUCAGUGUCAGUUUUGAGCUUGUAGAUAUGUUCAAUUUGCGCAUAUUAGCUUCCUUAUAAAUAACAUUUGCUGUACUUUUGUUUGUAUGUAUGUAAAAUGCAGCUGAAUUUCUUCGUCAUAUAAGCAGCAAUCAAAAGUGAUGUAGUUGUAAGCGAAAAUGUUUUCCAUUUUAAUAAAUAAUAAAAUAAAUUUCAAAUUAUGAUUGAUUCAUAAAAAGUUCCACACACCGACCAAUAUUUGAUAUAUUGCGCGUACGUAAAGAUAAAUUUAUUCAAUUUCAAUUUAGGCGCAUGUGCAUUUAAGCUCUUUGUUGCUGUCUAUUUGUAGCUUUAAGUGCGUCUUUUGAGUAAGUUCACAGAUAAACCCUGGCAGGUUUUCAAUUUGACACAACUUCAGUGCCAUGUAUGUAAACACUACACUUUGUGUAUGCAUAGGUAAAUGAAGAAAUCUUCAAAGCAAGCAAGAAAAAAUAUGAAAAGAAAUAAUUUUUUAUACAAAAUAUUAAUUUUUAAGUGUUGUAUAUUUAAUUAUGCAAAUAUAUUUUUAGUUUUUUAAUCACAAAUAUUAUUUCAUUCAACAGUUUUUUCUUAUUUUAUAAGUUUACUAUCUCUUAUUAUUAUUAUGCUUUUUAGUAUAGACAUGUUAUGCGCCAAACACUUUGAUAUGUUCGCGAUAACACAAUGCAAGUGCAAUUGAUGUAAAUUUGAAGAAGAAAAAAAAACAUUUUUAUAUAUGUAAGUGGAAAAUUCACGUGAUCGCGAGUCGAUUAACGCUAACCAAAUUCGAAUUGAAAUGAUCAAAAACCAAAAAAAAAAGAAUCUUCAAAAAAUGUAUGUAUAACUAAAAUUAUUUUAACGGUUUAGUAAUUUUAAGUUUUCAGUACGAUGCGCUUUUCUAAUUUUACAGAAUAAUUUUUGUUUUUUGCAAAAAGUGAGCAGUCAUAUGCAUACAUUAGGUUUGUACAUAAUUCAAUGUAUUUUUGUUUUGCUUGCAUUAAUUUAAAAAUAUAAAUAUAUAUAUAUACAAAAGUGUUUACAGAAAUGUGUUUUCUUUAUAUGCGUUUUCAGAUUUUCAGCAAAAUUACAACACAAUUUUUAGCAAAAAUUCCAAACACUAAAAUUUCAAUAAAAAGAAAAGUUUCAGUCAAGUAUGUGUGCGUCAAUUUGGUAUGCGCUGCAAUUUAGUUAACACAAUUUUGACAAAAAGUUAACUUGAACUACAGCAAAAGUAUGUAAAAAUGUUAAAAAUGCAAUUUUGUAUAGUUACUAUGCGCAUGCAUGUAUGUAUGUAUAUGCUGCUGAGUUCUGAUAAAUUUUACAAAAUAUAAAUAUUUUUAUUUUUGAUAACUGCGCACAUAUUACAUUUUUUUAAAUAUGUAAAUACGUAAAAAAUAAUAAUUAAUUUUUUUAAACAAUUUUUUAAUUAUGUAAAUACGUGAAAAAUAAUUAAAUUUUUUUUUUGUUAUAUAAAUUUAAAUAAAAAAGCGCACGCCUAAUGUGUAUAUCAUUAUGUAUAUGUUUGUAAAUAAAAUAAAUCCACAAAUGCCUAGAAUUAUUUAAGUUUGCACAAAAAUGCAAGAACCAUGCAUUUUUAGCUGACUUCUUAUACAUUUUUAUAAAAAAAAAUCAAAAAUCCGAGCAAAGAAUUGGUAAAUAUGCAAAAACUGCUUGUAAAAUGCAACAAAGUUGCAAGUAUGCCAUUAAAUUAAAAUUAAAAACAUUAAAUUGCAGGCGCAGUAAGAAAACACACACACACUAAAUGCAAAUAAAAAACAAUAGCAAAAACCAAAACAAUGAAAGUACAUCAACUUAAUAAAAAUGGAAUGUAUGUAUGUAAAAAAUAUUGCAAAUAAAUUAAAAAAUUUUUCACGAAAGCUUAGCUAAAUGCAAUAAAAACUAUGAACGAAUGACGUCGGUUAAUCCGUUAGGUUACCUAAAUAAU